GCUUGAACACUCCGCUUGUGUGUUUUUAUAGUUCAGUGAUUAUAGUUCAGAUGUUUAAGAUGAGUUUGCAGGUGGACUUGAUAUGUUGUAAAUCAGUAGGAACUGAUCUGUCCAUGCUGGAUAUCGAUGAUUUGAUGACUGAAAUAUCUCAGCUGAAGAAAGAGGUGGCGUUACUGGAGGCAAAGCUGAGAGAAAGAGAGGUUUGUACAGGUUCAACACUGAGUCAGACAGCUGUUCAAUAUAUAAAUCAGUGUGAUUGGAUCACUGAUAUGAAGCCUGACAAACACAGAGACACAGAGGACUCAGAGCUCAGCCUCACUUUACUCUGUUAUACUGACUCUCAGGAGAGUGUGUGUGACAGUAAUCAGGGUGAUCAAACCCCCACAGAGUCUCUGGCUUCUGUCUGUAACACUGCUGGAGAACAGCAGAUGCUCAAGAUACCAUUGAAGAUGUGUUCAGUGAAGCUGAUGGACUGCAGGAAACUCAUGGAGAUGAGACGAGAAACCACAGCACAGGAACAACACACUGAUGAUGAUGAUGAAACCACAGCACACAAACACACUGAUGAAGAUGAUGAUGAAACCACAGCACACAAACACACUGAUGAUGAUUUUAAAACCACAGCACAGGAACAACACACUGACGAAGAUGAUGAUGAUGAUGAAACCACAGCAUACAAACACACUGAUGAAGAUGAUGACAAUGAUAAAUCCAGAGCAGAGGAAUGUCAAAUGAGUGAUGAAGUUGACGAUUUUAUUCCUUUAGAUACAAACAGUGGUUCAUCUGAUGGAGAAACGGCUUCUACAUCAAAACAGCAUCUUUCCUGCAAAAUUUGUGAGAGGACAUUCUUUUCGAAAGGACGUUUAGUCAGACAUGAGAGAAGACACAAAGAGCAGAAAGUCUUCAAAUGUAAGAGAUGUGAGAGAAGCUUUUCUACCUUCAAAGAGAGGAACCGUCAUUCAGAAGUGCACAAAGUAAAGCAGGAGUUUCCCUGUGAGCAGUGCGGGAAGGUUUUCCUUACAACUUCUAAUCUGAAAGUUCACAUGAAGUCACACAGUGAGGAAAAGCCAUACAAGUGUCCUCACUGUGAGAAGAGAUUCACCCACAAGUAUCAUAUGACAUCACAUAUCCGUUUGCACACCAAUGAGAGGCCGUAUCAGUGCAAAGAAUGUGACAAAACCUUUAAACAAUUAUUUUGUCUAAAGACACAUCAGAAAAUCCACUCUGGGGAGAAACCCUAUCAAUGCUCACACUGUGACCGACGUUUCCGUCAGAAAUCUGAUCUGAAACGUCAUGAAAGUAGACAAUCUGGGGAGAAACCCUUUCAAUGCUCACUCUGUGACAAGCGUUUCCAUCUUGAAUCUGACAUGAAAUAUCAUGAAAAAAGACACCGUGGAGAGAAACGUUACCUCUGCUCUUACUGUGGGAAGAGAUUUUAUGUACCAUCUGAAUUAAUAGUUCAUCAGAGAGUGCAUACGGAGGAAAAGCUGUAUCACUGUAGCGUUUGUGGGAAGAGUUUCAAUCAAAAUGUUCUCUUACUAAAGCACAAGAGAACACAUAGUGGAGAAAGACCUUUCAAAUGCACUCAGUGUGACAAGACGUUUACCCGAUCAGAUAACCUGAAAGCCCACCAGAGAGUGCAUACUGGAGAGAAACCUUACAGCUGCUCCAUCUGCAGGAAAUCAUUUGUUUCUUCAUCAAGUUUAAAUGCUCAUCAGAAGACACAUGCUAGAGAUCAAACUGCCCUGAAAUCAUCCUAGUGUUUUCAGGCAUCAACAUUAAAUUUAGGGAUGCACCGAUACCACUUUUUCUCUUCUGAUUCUGAUAUCGUAAAUCUCAGUAUCGGCCAAUCCCGAUCCGAUACCAGUGUUGGUUUUUUGCAUUAUCAGUUUAGAAUAUCUUUACAUUAUUGUGUAGAACUAAUUUGGAGUACUCUUUAAUAUGUAAAGAAACACAAACCUCUAACUAACUACACAUUAUUUCAAUAUAAAUCUAUAGCAUAUUAAGAAACUAGUAUACUGGAUAAUGUAGCGGCAAAAUUAACAGUAAUUCCAGUAUAACUGUAAACAAAUAAUAAUAUAUUAUAAUAGUAAUAUAUUGUAAUAUAUCUCAAUCGUGCUCCUUUAACUUUUAAACCCUCACGCUUUUAUUUUGACAUUCUAAACUCUCCAGGACAUCCUGUAUGUGUCUGUUUGUGGGCAAGUUCACAGUAGUUUAAUUCUCUUUUUAUUAAAAUUCUGGUAAAAUGCACCUCCAGUGCCGUUCUAAAUGCAUAUUAUAAGUGAACCGAACUAUUGAGCAUCUACUGAGAUGUUGUCCGUGAGAAGUGCUCAAAUAUAGCGCACCACGUGAAGGCUAAAAAUAGCCGCGAUUGUGUGUAAACAGCAGAGCCAUUCACUGAUGCUGCGCAUACAAUAUAUUUACUUCUUAAAGGGCACCUAUUAUGGCAUUUAAAAUGUUCCUAAUAUUGUUUUGGGAGUCCCCAACAACAGUUUUACAUGCAUGCAAUGACAAAAAACACUUUUGUUGUCUUAUAAUAUGCAUUUAUGUUUACCUGAUUCGUUCAACGACUCAUUUUUCCAAACCCCUCCUUUGCGUGACGCUAAUCUGCGGUGAUUGAUCAGAUGACCCAGUCAGUUGUGAUUGGUAUACUCUGUGCAGAGAUUGUCGGAAACGGAACGCCCAUCACCGCUUUGUAGUAAAAAAUCAAAAUCAGAGAAGGAAUUUGAGUUGAUUUAUGUUAGCGAUCAUAGCCCAAAGUUCGGUGGUAAACACCCAAUCAGUUAUUGUUUGCGUUAGCCCAACACAUAAACAUAUUGGUAAAGCACUGCAUUACUACAAGUUAUUGCUCUAUUCUUUAUGACAACUCCAAUAACAUCAACAAACAUUUCGCAUAUUUCAAAAAAAUUGACAUUGGAGACCUAGAAGCUGCACUGAGCGUAACUUACACAACACACACAAAUACUUAUUAAGCAUGCUAAAAAACACAUAAAAGCAACAAUUAUUAAUAAUACUUACAGGUUGUGAUUCGGAGGAGGAAGCUGAUCCAAAUAAACUUGGUACCGAACCUUCCUUCAGUAUCAACCGGCUCGCGAAUCCACACUUGAAAGCAUUCAUGUUCGUAAAGCAAUCGUCAUUAAAAUGAUGCGAACACAGCACAAGGUUCGGGCUAUACUUGUGUGGUAUAGUUGUGUAAAUAUAAACUCUAGCCACUGAUUCUUCACAUGCUCGUCCCUGGGCAGUGAAAAAAGGUCGCUUUUGAUAUGCACUUCAGAACACAGCGUCUUGUUGUCGACAUGAUGUUUUCAAGUUUUCCCUGGUGUCUGCGCGCGCAAUGAGUGGGCGCGGCCAAUUUGAUAAUUUUUCGUCUUGACGUUACAACGAAAAGGAAAAUGACUCAUUGGAAAAUCGAUUCAUUAAAUUGACUCAGAGUCGACUCCUACUUUUGAGAGACAAUACAUUUUUUUACGGUGAACUUUAAUAUAUAAAACUUUGCAGGAUGUUUUUGUUCACUUAAAUCUAUGUUACACACUACAUGAAAGGUAAUUUUCAAAAUUCCAUAAUAGGUGCCCUUUAAACACAGCCUUUUGUGAUUCACAGAGCUAUCGCACAUCUUCAAGUGGCUUUGAAUAAAAUGCACAAGUCUUAUGAACUGCUUUAAUGGAGUUUUAAUGGUUCUUUUAUGUCAUUUUAGGAGCUUGACGGUAACAAACGACUAACAUACAGUAUCGAAUUUGGAUCAGGCUCGUCGGAACGAUACGUCUAAAAGCUCAGUUAUCGGAGCUGAUACCGAUCCAGGUAUCGGAUCAGUGCAUCCCUAAUUAAAUAACAAUUACUCUAUUGAAGUCCAUUUUUGUCAUAAUCAUGCAGCCCUGAAGUUAACUCUCCCCAAAACUGAUCAGAAGUCAAAUAAUUUUUAUUUGGAUGGCAUUGUUCACAAUGGACACAUUGUUUCAAAGCGUCUUUAUUGGAACAUCAUACUGUAAUGUCUUAAAUCCUCCAGCUCUAUAAAGAAUCAUGCUUUCGUGUCUUAAUUUUUUAGCCCCCAGUGAGCAAGCCAAUGGUGAAUGUGGUGAAGAACAAAAACUCCAAAAAUGCUACUGGAGAGAGAAAAACCCCUGCAAAAAUCUAGACUGAGCUGGUGGAGCUAGUUCCCCUCUGUCUAUUCAGCAUGAACAUAAUGGCAAUUAAUUAGCCAUGUCUAAUUCCAGUCAUGUAUUAAGUAUAAAGCGAUGCAAAAUGGUGCAGGUGAGCAUCAUUGUUCACCAUGUUCCCUUACCUGAAAUGUCAUCAUGUUUUCUGAGGUCUCAGAUCAAUUUGUAUUUUAACACACUCUGCUUAUUUUCUCUUUAAAGUGAUUGUAAUUAUGUUUCAUCCAUAAUGUGCAUGAAAGAGAAACAACCAUUUAAAUGUCAGAAAUAACUUUUAUUUGACAAAAUAAUUCUAGUUAUUAAGCAUUUCUUAGGACCGAUAUGGUCUGGAUGUAAUGUGU